CAUUUUAUUUUGCGUUUCAAAACCAAAGCCUGUUUGGUAAUUUGACACAGGUAAAUGGUGUCCAUCCAGAAUGCAGAUUUCAGCUGGAGAUUCACAAGGAGGAGACAAGGUGCAUGGAACUACUGAAGAAUGCAAAACCAGUGGACUACAAAGGAUGUGUUGGAGUCUGGGAUAACAUUACGUGUUGGCGUCCUGCAAAGAUUGGAGAGACUGUCACUGUCCCUUGUCCAAAAGUAUUUAGCCUUUUUUCUGGCAAACCAGGAAAUAUUAGCAAAAAUUGUACGAGUAAUGGAUGGUCAGAUAUUUUUCCUGACAUCUUAAGUACUUGUGGAUAUAAUGACUAUGAAGAUGAUUAUAAGGUCAACUUCUAUGUAAGGGUGAAGGCAAUUUAUACUCUUGGACACAGUGUAUCUCUGAUUGCUCUGACAACGGGAAGUAUAAUUCUUUGCCUUUUCAGAAAACUUCAUUGUACUCGGAACUACAUCCAUCUGAACCUGUUCCUCUCUUUCAUUCUAAGAGCAAUCUCUGUUUUAGUCAAGGAUGAUAUUCUCUAUUCCAGCUCCAACACAGCUCACUGUCCAGAGGAUCAAACCUCAUGGGUGGGCUGCAAAGCUAUUUUGGUGUUUUUUCAGUAUGGUGUUAUGGCAAACUUUUACUGGCUCUUAGUUGAAGGACUUUACCUCCACAUCCUCCUUGUGCUAAUAUUCUCCCCCAACAGACACUUUACGAUUUACCUGCUGAUUGGAUGGGGAAUUCCUACCAUAUUCAUUAUUACGUGGACAGUGACACGGAUCAUUUUAGAGGACACUGGUUGCUGGGAUACAAAUGAGCAUGGUGGUCCCUGGUGGGUUAUACGAAUACCAAUUUUAAUUUCUAUUAUAGUGAAUUUUAUACUUUUCAUUAGUAUUAUAAGAAUCUUACUGCAGAAGUUAAGAUCUCCAGAUGUUGGAGGAAAUGACCAGUCACAGUACAAGAGACUUGCAAAAUCCACGUUGUUGCUUAUUCCAUUAUUUGGAGUUCACUACACAGUGUUUGCUCUAUUUCCUGACCGCAGUUCCAAUAAUUAUAAAAUAAUCUUUGAGCUCUGUUUAGGAUCUUUUCAGGGGUUGAUUGUUGCAGUCCUGUAUUGUUUUUUGAACAGUGAAGUGCAAGGGGAGCUGAAGAGAAAGUGGCGGAGUUUGUGCUGGAAGCAGACGGCAGGCAGAGACUACAGGCUCCACAGCUCCUCCGUGUCCCGAAAUGGCUCGGAGAGUGUUUCGCAGCUCCACCGCAAUUCAAGGGCUCAGUCCUUUCUGCAGACAGAGACCACCAUGAUAUAAAUUAAGGAGGUCCCCCAAAACAUGAAAAACUGUGGGCUAUGUCAUUCAUUAUGCAGCUUGAUGUGAUAUUUUAUAAAAUACAGUUUAGCGCUUUGCUUUUCUACACGUUGGUGUUUGGGAAAUUAGUUUGUGCAGACAACCAGUUAAGAACAGAGACACCUGCCCCAUGGAUGCCUUCUGUUUGGUUGUUUUUUUGUUUGUUUGUUUGUUUAAAUGGUAUUCAUAUGAAUUUUCAUUUUCUCUUGCCAUUUACCAGCCCUAACUAUUCAAAACCUCAUUUACUGUAAUGGUCCCUUUACCAUCCAACAUACCUACAGGACAGAUGUAUGGUAUCUUAUUCCAUGCAGACUGCUUUGGUAUGUGUUGAAAAGGUUAAGAUGAGAA